AUGUUUGACACAAGGAAAAGAGUUACUACAGCAUGCGAGUUUUGUCGCAGAAGGAAGGUUAAAUGUGAUGGGAACAAUCCGUGUAUAAAUUGCACGCAGAACCGAAUUCAAUGUCACUAUGCCGUAGUACCGCCAGUGAAGAAGUUGUCUAAACCUGCUACGAAGAAAAAGGCAUCACAUGGUCAAAGGUUGCAGACUAUAGAUGAAAGGUUGGAGAAGUUGGAGAAUUUAUUGUCAAGUUUCAUCAGGACUAUGACGCCAAAGCAGAAUGAAAUUGAUAAUGAAAAUGUUUCAUUUGAUAGGGAACAAAUGCAUGAAAAGGAACAUAAUGAAGUGGAUAUAGAAGGUGUGGAAGGCGAUGAAGAAAAUGAUGAUGAUGAUGAGGGUGAAGAUGUUAGUGAUGAAGAUGACGAGGACGACGAAGAAAAUGAGAUUGAUGAUAUUAAUGAUGAUGUCAUGGAAGGAAGUAAAGCAUAUGACUUUAGAAAUGAUACCCAUUCCAAAAACUCAACUCCAAGGACUUCUGCUUCAUCUGCACGUGUACUGAAUAAUAGCUCAAGCAAAAGCUUUAAAGGAGUACUAUCGCCCUCUAUCAACAGUAAUGUUGAAACAGAAUCUUCUUCGGUAAAUGGUCUAAAGAUUGAAGCACCUUCUUCAGACAAGUUAGAUAAGAGAAUCAUAGAUAGGGCUGUUGCAAAAAAAGAUUUGAAUGAUAUAAUUGACAACAAUUUGUUUGGUGCCUGGCAGGGCAGUCAUUCUGUCAAUCCUAUGUAUAACGAAUUAUUAGAAAUAAUUCUGGGUGCAUUCAUACGUGAACCUCAAAAUUUUGCUUUGAUAGAGCCAAUUAGACGUAUCCCAUUGAUAUGUUACGCAAUCCUUCAACCUGCUAUACUAAAGUGGAUUGACCCUGCUACGAAAGACUUGGAACUGAAAAGGAAAGCAUUUAUAGGUGAAUUCCCAGACGACUCUGCAUUUGUCUACAGGCUAAUUGAUACUUUCUAUGAAAAUUUUAGGUUGGCUUCGCUUUUAUUGAAUUCAGGUCAACUUAAAUCGAUGUUUGAAAAAUAUUAUGAAUUAAAGAAAGUGAGAGGUAUGCAGGGUGGUAGAAAAUCAGCGAGCCCGCUUAAAAGGCUCAAGGUGUCUGAGCUUAUGAUUAUGUCAAUCGCAUUAAGCUUCUGCAUAUCUGAAAAGCUUCAAUAUGAUAAUAAUUUGAAAAACAAGAAUGCACCUCCUUCACCAAGCAGUCCUUCGCUUUCAUUAUCUCAAUUGCAAAGUAUCCGCUCGGAGUGCUUCCAAAAUUGCGUGUACUACUAUCAUGUAAUCUCUGUACUAGGUGAUGGUAUUACGACCGUCAUUGCCAUAUUGAUGAUGGCAGUUGUGGCUGAAGUUAACUACCUCUCUACUCAUAUCAGCUGUUCUCUAAUGUCAGUUGCUGUGAGAUUUGCUCAAGAGAUGGGGUUACAUAAAGCUGAAGCAUAUGAAAAGUUAACUAAAGAGCAACGCGGAUUUUAUUAUCAAAUUUGGCUAAUUUGUAAAUAUAUGGAUAACGAAGUUUGCUAUAGAACUGGUAGGUCCCCCAUCAUAUAUUUAAGCGAUCUCUCUACAAAGGUUGAUUUACGAACAUCAAACAACCUUUUGUCUAAGAUAAGUGAAUUCGAUGACAACUUCAGCCUCAGAGGUGCUCCGGAAAAGAGGGAAACUAUCUUAAAAUACUUUGUGAUUGAGUUCACAGAGAUCAGGUAUUUCACUUUUGAGAAACUAUUUUCUGAUACAGCUCAAAGAUGCUCAUUUGAGGUUCUAUCUAAAUCAUUGGAUCGAAUUAAUAAUGAAAUGUUUCGGGUCAGUAAAAGUUUACCCUUGCCUACCAGACCCAAAUUUUUCUAUGAACCUAAUUUUAUUCGAGACCUUGGCCUAAGAGUACAUUCCAAUUAUUGGACGAUUCAGUUGUCAUUUUUUUUCCAUUUAAUGAUUGCCAAUAGAGCUCCGCAGCAACGAUUUGGGAACAACGAGACUCCUUUUAACGAAGUUCGUCAUCAUAGAAACAUGCAUUAUAAGAACAUGUCCUUGAACAGUGCUAGAACGAUAUUAAUUUUAGCUAAUAAUUUAAUUACUGAAGCGCCUUUGACAAAUGCAGGCUUAGACUUUGAUAGUCAAGAUCACAAUAGCGAAGUAAGGGGUAUACCCAGUUCUAUUAUAGACUGGAUUCAGAUGUACCCAUACGCAGCAUAUUUACUAUUAAUGUUACACACUGUUAAUGAGUUUUCUUCUGCAGAUUGUUUUAAUGAUGUGAACUUGAUUAUAGAUUGUUCCAUAAAUUUUUUCGGCGCAAACUUAGUUGGAAGUAGUGGAGAUAUGAAGUCAUUUCAACAUGUGAGAACGAAAGUUUUAGAUCUUUCGACCAGAUUGCUACUAAGAGUAUUCAUCAAGUUUCUUGACAUGAAUACAAAUUUCAGAUUUUUAGAAACACAUCCUCGCUUGAAAAAGCACCUAGAGGAAAUGGAAUCACUUUAUCCGGCAGCUUUCAAACCUCCUCAAAGCACUCCUCCUGCUUCCACUGAGAAGGUAAACUCAAGAGAAAGAGGUAAAAGACAGAAACUCGCUACGAGUACGGUUCACACCCCGAUUAAUCCUAUUCCUGAGUCAUUGAUUAAUAUACCCCAAGUUGAGGCAGGUGCGCUUCAGUACAUUCCUUCCAACGACGUCCAACACUCGAUACCAAUUCAACAGGAACCAUUUGCUGGAAUCAAUACAAAUUUACAUGGCCAGCCGACUCAGCAGCUACCCAUGCACGUUAAUUCACUCCCGGUUCGGGGCCCAACAUCAUUACCUCAACUUACUCAGACUCAACAGAAGCCCACUGCAACUAACUCGAAUGCUAGCUCUGAUAAUUAUUCUCCAGUUUCUCAGCUCCACCAAGCAACCUCGCAUCCACAAGAAUCGCCUUUUAGUGGGGAUCCUGCAGCAUACUCUGGGCAAGACGAACUUCAGCUUAUAAAUAACCCAGAACAGACGUUCCAUGAGCAGUUAAUUGCAGGAUAUACUGAUAAAGCACUUUUGGAGGGUGCAUUCCAAGCGGAGGUUUACGGAAUUAAACACUUCUUUUUUGAUGGUUUACAAUAA